UUACCUACCGACUUUCCAGCCAAAAUGUUGUUUCGUCUGUUCCUGAUUCUCGGACUGCUUCAGAUGAGCUAUUGUCAGAAACCGAAAUAUAUCACAGUGACUUAUACAAAGGUUAAUUGGUUCAGGGCGCAACUUAUUUGCAAUCGCUCCAACAUGACUUUGGCUUCGGUUCCCAAUAUUCAGAGUCAUUUCAAAGUGAUAAGCAGCAUAAGUGAGAUCGCUUAUUUAUUGGGUCGAGAAAAAUUCUGGUUAGGAGGAAAUAACCUCGGCGAUAUAAGCACAUGGAAUUGGCCAGGUGCAGGAUUACCUUUUGGCUACAAGAGGUGGGCAGAAAAUGAACCCACAUCCGCUUUGACUGGAGAGGAAGCCUGCCUCGUUAUGGCUGAGAAUAAUGAGUGGUACAGCGAAGACUGUAACCAUAAAUACUUUUUUGUAUGCGAAUCAAAGUGCGACUCUAAUGCAGCUGUGGAACCUAUAUUUAUUUAAAUGAACUAAAAAUAAUUUUGAUAUAUGUAAGAAAACUUACAAGUUUGGAAUAAUGAAAAUUA